CACAUCUUCGUGUGACAAGCAUGUUUUUUAUUCCAUUAUUACUUCCCUACCAGGGGUAAGUGAUGAGAGGUAUUGAUACGGCGUGACACCCUGGUUAGUGAGGCUGUUAUUACCCAUCUCGCCAAUUUAACUGAUGCUGCUAGCGUGGACUUCAAACAUGUCUGAGAAGGAACACUGUUUCCAUGUUACUAUUAAUGGCAUUUAAUUGGCCACAAGGCUCAAAUAUUAACUGCGACUGUGCAAAGUUAUGUGGUUGUCCCAGGAGAUUUGUAAAAAUAACCGUUGUGAAGAUUGAAACUGUUAAAAACAAAAAAAUCAAAGCACUGAUGAAAUACCGCUCCAAUAAAUUGUGUUUAUUUUUAUGGUUAAUUAUUUGCAAGUGGUUAGCAAAGAAUUGAUUGAUGUUUUUAUUUCACAUAUCAUGGGAUACACAGUCAGACGGAAGAGGCAGGAGCAGGACUUGUGGUUCAUAAAAGCUUCAUCGAGUAGCUAUUACACCACAACUGCGAGUUAAACACAAGCGAGACGUGUUGAGAUACGAUCAACUGUAACUCCUGUUUGCAGAAGAUUAAAAGCGAAUCGUCAUGGGGAAUGAUGUGACAUCAGAUAGCUGUAGUUUGUCCUAUAACAUCACUGAGGAGACCACAUCCGAUUGGAUUCAUACACCGGUGGAUACCAUCAUAACCACUAUCAUCAUACCGAUUAUAGUAACCAUAGGAAUCUUCAACAACACUACUUUUGUUUUUGUCAUAUUCCGCAUUCCUAGAAUGAGAUCGGAAACUAAUAUCUAUUUGGUACACUUGGCACUGGCUGAUCUUCUGUUCUUGUGCCUAUCUGCGUUACAGUACUUCUGGCUCUAUGCAACAUCGCCAGUGUUCGAUAGUGUCAUCUUUGUGACCUCGGCAGAGUGUGUCAGCUUUUUUGUAGCCAUAAACACUGGAUAUUUUGCAUCCAUUGCUUUAAUAACCAUGGUUUCGUUUGAGAGAUAUCUUGCCAUGUGCCAUCCUCUAAAGCACCUGAGAAUCCGUACACGGAAAAGAACCAAUAAAAUCGUGGCAAUCUGUUGGUCAGUUGGGCUUGUGUUGUCCGGAUUAGCUGUUCUGCGUAAUGCUAAAAUCACCUUUGUCUGCCUGCAAUGGCCAGACGAUGACAUGUACCACGAGUUCCCAUUAAUUGUGGCAUUUUGUGGUGUCGUACAGCCAUGGAUAAAUUACUUGACUACUCCAUUGCUAAACAUUCCUUGGAUAGUCGCACUGGUUUCCAACAUUUACAUGUACAUAAAGAUCAUUCAAAUGUUACACAACCGGACAGCCAUUGGUAGGACUUCUCAAAGUGACCUCACCAAGCUCCGAACCCGAAACCAGGUGGUCAAAAUGUUGAUUGUUAAUGGUGUGGUGUUCUUCCUGUGUCAAAUGCCAUAUGCUGUUCUGAGCUUCACAAAAAUCAUCUGUAUCAUAGCGGGGAUUCCUGAUCCAAUCCAAGCUGCACUCGGCAUGUCAGGAGACUGGAUCUUCGUAAUCCCACAAUUGAUCAAUAACAGUGUAAAUCCACUGAUUUAUGGACUAAUCAGUGCUCAGUAUCGUACUGCAUUCACGCAAGCAUUUCAGUGCAAAAAGCACCAUAGACAGCCACAAAGUAUCUACACAGUUUGCACUGCAUCAAAUCGAGCCAUCACGACAGGUUCGUUGGUGAAGAACGUAUGUAAAAGCCAAGUCUAAUAUAUAGAGUUUUCUUGCGUACAUCAUACUAUAGAAAACUCGCUCAAUGCAACUCCAAUGGCAUCAGGGAUCAAUUUCACAAAGAGCUUAGAUAGAUUGCAUAUGUAACUCAAUAAAUCGCAGUUGCUUAGUAAAGUGUGAUGUCACUAUUCAGAUCUCUUUGGUAAUACUUACAAUUUGUAUUGCAAUAAAUUGUAUUGCUUUUUGAAAUCAGCCCCUGGUCUACAGUUUGCGCAAUACAGACAGGAUACUUCAGUCUGAGUCCAAAGGCAAGUGUUUGCAAAUCCGUUUCACAUUUUAAGAUAUACAUGAUCAUUGUAAUAUAGGCCUACGUCUGUUUCCCAGUAUUCACACUGUUACAAAAAUCAGAUGUAUUUAUUAAGAUUAAAGGGAAGGUACACGUUUGGUAAUAUCUCAAAACAAAUGUUAACUUCAAAACU